AUGGUGGUGUUAGGCGAGACGCAGGUGGAGAUCACUGAAAUGAACGAGAAUCAAGUGAAGUUUGUUCUUACAAAUUCGAGUCUCCCGUUUGCCAAUGCUGUUCGACGGAUAAUGAUUGCGGAAGUUCCUACGGUUGCCAUCGAUAUUGUGGAGAUCCAAGGAAACAAUACUGUGCUACUGGAUGAG